CAAAUCGUCGUUCGCGUUGUUUUGUCAAACAUCGCCAUUUUAUCUUGUGAUAGAUCGUACCAUCUUUGAUAUUUCGAUCUGGAAAUCUAGGUCGAGUAAUGAGAUGAAUAAUGGUGUAAUACAGUUUCGUAUGUUUCAAUAGAACAUUGAUAUUAUCCUUUAGUCCAUUAUCCAUAUACAGCUUGUUUUAAUUCAACUGUAGGAGUGAUAAAUUUUUCACGAUGUACACUGGCACAACCACUGAUCAGGACAAUCGCUUUAGCGAUAAGGAAAAGAAGUUGCUGAAGCAAAUGAAGUUCAGCGAUUGUUUGAGUCAGAGGGUUGAUAUGUCGAAAAUUAAGUUCGAUGUUGUUAAGCCCUGGAUUCAAGAUAAGUUGACUGAAAUUUUGAAGAUCGAUGAUGAUGUAGUUGUAGAUUUUGUCUAUAACCAAUUAGACCAAAAGUUCCCAGAUCCACGAAAAAUUCAAAUCAAUUUGACAGGUUUUCUACAAGGAAAGAAUGCUCGGGAAUUCAUGGCCGAGCUAUGGGCGCUUUUAAUAUCUGCUCAAGAAAAUCCAACUGGGAUACCAGAUUGUCUGAUAGAUUCUCGGAAAGAAGAACUAAGCAAAAAAAAAGAAAAAGAGGAUAAGGAAAGGGAAAGAGAAAAAGAAAGAGAAAGAGAAAGGUCGGAUAAAGAGAAGAAGUAUAGGGAUAGGGACAGAUCAAGAGAUCGAUCAAAAUCGAGGAGAUCAAGGUCGCGAUCAAGAUCCAAACAUUCAAGGUCAAGAUCUAGGAGGUCCAGGUCCAGAUCAAGGGGAAGAAGGAGAUCCUCUAAUGAUAGGUCUAAGAGGGAGAAGGAAAGAGAUAAGAGCAGGGAGCGUGAAAAGGAACGUGAGAAGGAAAGAGAGCGUGAGAGGGAGAAGGAAAAGAAGUCACCUAGUAGAAGUCCCAGUAGAAGCAAUAGUCGCUCAAGGUCAAGGGAACCUGCAGACGAUAAGAAUGGAAAUUUGAGUGGUGAAGAAAAAUCUGACAAGGAGGGGAAAGAAGAGGCCAGUAAUGGCACAGCCAAAACUGAAGUUCAUGCAAACAUGUCCAAGCUCCAGGCAAAGUUGAUGAAUUUGGCAGAGAACAACGUCAAGCCGUCUCAGUCGAGAAGCAGAUCUAGGAGCAAGUCAAAAAGUAAGUCUAAGUCUAGGUCCAAAUCGAGGAGCAAGUCGAGAUCCUCCAGCAGAGGUGGUAAGAGGAGGAAAUCCGGGAGAUCUAGCAGUUCGGACUCCAAAACGAAAUUCGAGAUCCACAAGAAGGAAGACAGCGUUCAGAAGAAAAGACACUACAGAUCCAAUAAGGAAAGUUCGGACAGCGAGCCUGAAGAUAAGAGAAAGCGCAGAAAGUCCCUUUCGAGGUCUCCAAGAAGACGAAGGAACAGUAGAGAAAGGAGUCCCAGACGGAAGAGGAGCGGUUCUAGGAAGAGAUCUUUGAGUAGAAGGAGGUCAUUGAGCAGAAAGAGGAGCAAUUCUAGAAGACGUAGCAAUUCGCGGUCCAAGAGGAGCCUGAGCAAGAGACGCAGGAGCACGCCCAGACGUCCCAGUCCGCGAGGUAACCGGGGGGGCCGCAAUCCAGGCGGACGCCGCAGGAGUCCCAGCCCGAGGGGUCGCUACGGCGGGAGGGGCGCUCCCAGGCGAAGUCCCAGUCCGAGGAGGAGGAGCGUGUCGCCGUGGCCGAGGAGGAGAACCAGCCCGGCGAGGUGGCAAGACAGACGUGGUAGUUACAGAGAAAGCCGGGACCCCCCCAAGCCGGCCUACCGUCGAUCCAGGGAGCGCAGGCCGUCCAGGGAUAGGAGAACCUCGCCACCGAGGGACAGGAGGUCGCGUUCCAGGGGAAGACAAGCCUCCAGGGACAGAGUCGCCAACAGGAGAAAAUCCCCGGUUAGGGUACCGUCCAGGGAGAAGGAAAUCGAGAGGGAACGCGUCAAAAAACCCAGUCCCAGCCCCGUCCGCCACGUGGAUACUUCCAGAGGCAAGGAGCGCACUUCCAGGGACGACAAGGCUAAAACAAAGAAGAUCGAAGAGAAGGAACCAGACGAGAAACCCAGGAGUCAGGAGAGGAAGAAGGUAACGGAAAAGAAGUUGGAAGAACGACGAAGGAAGACAUCGGAGAAGGAAGAAUCUACUUCGAAGGGCAGACAGAGGAGGGAAUCCAAAUCCAGGAGCGUCAGCCCCCAGAAGGAGAAGGUGGAAUAUCCAGUUCCCCCCAACGGACCACCAAGGUACUCCAGGAGCCUUUCCAGGACCCCGUCGCCUUUCAUCAAAGCCAAUGAGUUCCCGCCUAAAUCAGCCAAGGCUUCCGCAACCAAAGAAGACAAGAAGAAGAAGGAGAAGGUCGAGACGAAGAAGAAGACCCAGAAACGUGCGAAGAGCGACAGUGAUAGUAGUAGUGAUUCAGAUAGUGAUGAUCAUCGCGAGAAAAAGAAGAGAAAGAAGAAACUGCGCAAGCGCGACUCUAGUUCGAGUGAUAGUGAAGAUUCGUCGAAACACGACAGGGAUAGCAGCGUGGAGGUCGAAACCAAGAAGAAGGAUAAGAAGAAGAAGAGGGAUAGCAGCGAGGAAAAACCGAAAAAAAGGAGGGUCAGUACCGACUCUGAGGACAACAAAAAGUCUAAGAAGAGAAGGGCCCGAUCCAAUUCCUCGGACAAGAAGAAGUCGAAGAAAGACAAGGAUGAAUCCAGUGACAGCGAUUCGCCCAGGACCAAAAAGAAGAAGAUUGUGAGUUCUGACGACUCGGAGUCUGACAGCGAGGAGGAAACUUCGAAGAAGCGUAAAUUGAAGAAGAAGCCUACCAAGUCUGGUAGUGAUUCGGAGGAGGAAGUGGAGAGUAAGAAGAGGAAAAAAGACAAAAAGCACAAAAAGAAGAAGAAGCACUCGAAGAAACACAAGAAACAUAAGAAGAAGAAGGUGGAGACUGACGAUUCCGAUAGCGAUGUGGAGGUUAUGAAUGAGGAUGAGAAGAAGUUGCGAGAGAAGGCCUUGAAAUCGAUGAAGAGGCAGAAUUCCUCGGAAAAAUCUGAAUAGAUCCAAAUGUAAGAUGUCAGUUGGUUCUAAGAUAAUACUGUGUUUUCCAGAAAAGGACUUGGAUUUUCUUCUUCAGUGCAAAAAUUCAUGGGGUUAUAUUUUUGAGAAAUACUUCAUGUAGUUCAUAAAUAUUGUGUGUUUUAUGCUUAAAUUUUUUUUUUUUUUGUUAUCCAUUGAUACUUUGUUUUUGAUAACUAGGUAAGACAUAUAAUUUGAUGUGUAUGACUGUAGACAUUGUUAAUACAGAUUCAAAACCCC